CUGAAACCGAUUACAUGUCACUCUUCAUAAGGAGCACUAACGACCGCUUUGCCGGGCUGGACGUUGAACAAUGAGCAAAACUGCGCUGUCUCUUCUUUUCAGCGCUGUGGUCGCAAUAGCGGCUGGUCAGACCACGUGUCCAGACAGCUGGACACAUUAUGGAACCUCCUGUUAUGCCUUCUACAACAUGCAAGCCACCUUCAUCGACGCAGUGAGUUUGUGCUCGUCAUUCGGUGGUUCCUAUCUGGCGGAGAUUGAGACUGAGGACGAAAACAAGCACAUCCAGGCCUACAUGCAGCUCCAGAACACUGCAGGGAUUGACGGGGUGUGGCUCGGGGGUAACGACAUCAUGGCGGAAAGUCUGUGGGUGUGGGACAAGUCUGAGAAACCUAUCCAGUAUUUCGACUGGGCCAACGGACAACCCGACGACACUGACAGGACACAAAACUGCAUGAGCCUAUGGAAACGUUUCAACUAUCAAUGGGCCGAUCAUUAUUGCACUGAAAAACUUGCAUUCCUGUGUGAACAAGCAGCGACAUAGAAUCGAAAUGGACUUUUCAUCAAGGUCUUCUCCGAGGUGGAACAACAUGCGUGUGGAAGAAUAUUAAACUGAAAUAAAUAUAUGUUAAAAUAG